CCAAAGAAAGCAACGCCCGCGUUUCUUCGCUCCUCUACCAACAUUUUAGCUCGGCUGUGUCCGGGCCAAAAGCAAGAGAAAACCCAAAAGUCUCCCAAGAAUAUACUCGAAAGUCGUUUCCGUUGGAAAAGCGGAAAAUCGUAAAUUCUUUUUACAACCGAAACAAGAUCGGAAAAUGUAGAAAUCUAUAAACUGAAAAACCAAGAUACGGUUGAAUAAGAAAAAUAAAAUUAAUUAAAAAAGACAAAGCUUCUGAAUGUGAAAGAAAAUUUCAAUUAAUUUUUAUUGAAAUUAAUUAAGCAAGAUUUAAAACACACUUGAGACACUUUUAUUAUAACAUCCGUGCUGUUAAAAAAAAAAAGUAAUAUUCAAAUCUAUUGCUUGUGAUUGAUAAGUGAACUGAACUUGAUUGUGAUAAUAAAUCUAGUUAGACUGAUUAGACUGAGAUUAGCCAAACAGUAUGACUCCGAGGCUGAUUACAUACUUUCUGUGCGGCAUGCGCCAUACCACAACUGGGCUGAACGAAGACGACCUGAGUCGUCUCACCGGUUCAUCAUCGUCAACGGCCUCGUGCGGCAGCGCAGCCUCCUCAUCGUCCUCCUCAUCCUCAUCAUCCUCGAAUCCCGCCCCUCGCAAUGAGGUCGGCCGCAGCCCGGAGAAGCCCUCGGCAGCGGACAAGAACCACCUGAACAACGGCUUCCAAUCCACCUACCUACCCGAGAUCAUACACCCGGCCCUGGAAUGGCAAAAGUCCUCGAGGAAGCGCAAGGAGCGUCUGGACAGCAGCUCGGCCUUCGGCCAGGAUCGCAAGCUCCAGCGCAGCAACAGCGAGGAGCUGCUGACAGAGCCGGCUGCUGUGGGGCUGAUGACCAUGUCGCCACAGACAGCGGCCAGUCUGCUGGAGGCCCAGUGUGAGGUCAUCCGUAGGGUGUCUUCGGAAGACUUCAAGCGCACGGCCAGCUACGCCAACUACCGCCAGGAGUUCGAGCGGGAGCAGGAGCAGGCCUCGGAGCUGGGGGAGAACAAUGCCGCCCUGGCCAACUUGCCGUCAUCGGGCGAGGCGGCCAAGGAGCGCCCCCGCCUGGAGCCGAGCCCGACCCGCCAGCCCCCCAAGGAGGCCAGCGACGACUCGGAGUGCGAGCACGAACGGCGCCGCAGCAGCGAGCGGUUCUGCAAAUCCCGCCAGCCGCCGGUCCGCAAGUCCGGCGUGGCCAAGAAGGGCAGCGGAGCCAGUGGCUCCAAGUACUUGCCCUCGCGCCGCGACGAGCAGAGCGCCUACAAGUACGAUCUGUCGGCCUUGAAGUACGAGCGACGCGGUUUCAUCAGCAGCCGGAAGCAGCAGAACCAGCAGCCACAGCUGCAGCAGCAAUCUGCUUCCGAUCACAACGACAACAACUUGAUAGACUUCCACCAGCAGCAGCAGCAGCUGCAGCAACAGCAGAAGGAGCUGCAGUCCAAGCGGAGUGCCAGCAUCUCUCCCACACCCACCACGAGCUCUUCGGCGGGCAGCGAUGACAGCACGCCCACUUCCAACGUCCCAGCGCCCAUCAAAGCCAAACCCCAGCGCCAGCAGCAGAGCCUGGACCUGACUUCCGCCCAGGAGUCGCUUCCCUGGGAGCGUGGCGACGAGCCAGCCCCCAUCCUCAGCCGGCGUUACGCCCACUCCCGGCCACAUAUCGGCGGCAACCUGGACGCAGCCGCCAAGCUGGCCAAAGCCAUGCCAUAUCCCCAGCAGCUGCCAAAGCAGGCGCCCACUGUUCAGCUCCACUCGGACAUCGUGGACAUGGACUGCUGUCUGGAGCCGAUGGAUGCCGUGCGGGCCUUCAGUUCCCUGGAGAACAUGCGCACCCGUGACGUGAUGCAACAGGUGCUGCCCGCCAUGGUGGCCUUCCAAUCGCCCGACGAGCGCCUCAAGGCCAUCAAUCGCCGGGUGACCGUGCUGAAGAAGAAGCUGGUGCAGCUGGAGGAGUCGCUGGAGCAGCGUCUGGGCUACCGGCCCUCGCAGGCGGAGCGCCUCAACGACAAGUACAUGAAGAACGCCCUGGCCGAGCUGAGCAAGCUGCGCAAGGAGCGGCACGAGCUCAAGACUGAUCCCAUCGCCGCCCUCGGCCUGAAGCUGGGCAGCGGCAGCGGCGGAGGCGUCGCCGGCCAGGAGGUGGCCAAGAAGCUGGAGCGCAUGAAGGCAACCCUCGCUGAAAUCGAACAGAAUCUGAACGAGAAACGUGUCAACGGCAAUCGCUCCGAGCAGCUGGAGGAGCUAACCGGUGACCAGCUGGUGCAGGAGAAGAGCGCCGUGCAGCAUGGACUGCUCUACUUCGAGAGCCUGUACGGACACCCCAUCACCAAGGAGGAACGCGAUGCCGCUCGACCUCUCUACGACCGCUACCGGCAGCUGAAGCGCCUAGUUUCCCGCACCGUCAUGUUUGGAGCUGGAACCGGGGUGCCAGAGCUGCCCACGAUCCUGGAGCACGAGGCCAUGGUGUUCGAGGCCACCUCAACGCCGCUGCAGUAUUCAUCGAACAACAGCACCGAGACCACCAACUCACCCAGUGACUCGAUGGCGCCGAACACGAUCACCCAGAACGCCUCCUCCGACGAGUCGACCACCACGACUACCACCCUCACAGGCCCGGUGCCGGCCACGCCCAUGGAGGCGGCGGCCAGCGAGAACAUCUCGGCCCUGAGUCUGGACCAGCUGUGGGAGCAGCUGGAGCGAGUGCGCGAGGAGAAGUCGGUGCUGAAGGCCACCAUCCGCGAGUACGAGUCGAUGUUCGAGGAGCAGAACGGGCGCAAGAUGCUGAAGCAGGACCGCCGGUCGCUGGAGACCGAGACCUAUGCCCAGUACAAGGAGAAGAAGGCCAAGGUGCGCCUCCUGCAGGCGCUCAUCAAGAAGCACAUCGGGCACUAGCCCCCCCUCUCCUCCUUCCAUUUACCACUUAUUCACCAACCAGCAGCAGACUUAUUUAUUUCAUACCCAACCAAAAAGAAAAAUACAGACCUAGACUUAUACAGAUUAUACGUAGUUUUUACAUUUAUACUUACCAUAUAUUCUAUAAUGAUACAUUUUAUGAAUAUUGUUGAUUCCUUAUUGUUUUUUGAAAACAUCUAUUGAGUAAUUGUAAUAAAAGCGAGAAACAAAAUA